AUGUCAGAGGAUAAUGUCAAAAUGGACAUUAAUGAUAUUAAAAAUAAUGAUAAUGAGGUGAAGGUUAGAGACGAGUAUGAAAGAAAGAAUGACGAUGAAAUUAAUGAAAGAGGGAAUUCACUCCUAAGUGUGGAUGAUUACGGUUUUUUAAAAGAUGAUAAAUUUGACGAAAAUGAAUUUAUGGAAUUAGAUAAAGAUUUAGAAAAAAUGAAAAAUAUAGGAGACUUAAAAGAAAUGACAAGUGAUGAAUUUAGAAAUUUUUUAAAUGAAGAUGAUGAUAUUGCGAAUCACGGGAUGGGUGAUGAAAGCCUUAACGCUGUGAAGGAUAACCAAAAUGAAAACGGACAUUUAAGGAACUCAAAAAAGAAGAAUCUGUCUACAUAUUCAAAAAUGAGUUUACUGAAUGAUGAUUUUCUCUUAAGAGAGGAAUUAUAUUUUAAUAAUUUAAAUUCCAAAUCAAGCAGAAAAAGAGACAGUCAUUUAUCUCUUGGAAAUGUCAGAAAUUCGUCCAUUUUCAAUUUGAGUGCAUCAUAUGAUAAUGGUAAGAAUUCAUCUCACAAUUAUAAUUCGGGUGGAAAUGACAGGUUCAAUACAUCUCUUUCUAAAACUGACAAUGCUUACGACAGUGAUUUGAUAACUCCGUCUCCAUCUAAGGUGAAUGGAAGAGAUAACUCAGAAGUUGCGAGGGAGCACGUAGACUGUGAAAAAAAGGACAACCAGUUAGGUAAUCCGCUAGAUAAUCAGCUGGAUAAUCAGGUAGAUAAUCAGCUGGAUAAUUCGCUAGAUAAUCCGCUAGAUAAUCAGGUAGAUAAUCGAGGAAAAAGAAGAUCCAUUGACAUUUUAGAAGAAGAAUUAAAUAAGCUGAAGAGAGGAUUUCUUCUGAACAAAGGGCGUUAUGAUUCAGGAAAUGCCUCUGUUACUGCUGGUGGUGAGAACUGCCAUAUGAGCGACAAAUCAAAUGAUGAAUUUUUGGGAGGAGGGUAUGCAAGCGAUUCAGAAUUUUUAAAAAGAACAUCGCUAGAUAAGAAAGUGAGUGUGGAUAUGAAUUUUGGAAAUGAUGAUUCGUUAAACAAUAGCAGAUUAUCUAAUGGUUCUUUUUCAUACUGGGAAAAUAAAAUAAGUACAUCACGAAAAUUAAAAAUAAAUAAUGAAACUCCCAAAAAAGGAAUAUUAAAACAGAGCAAUUCUUUUUCGCCUAUAAAAGAAUUAAAUGAUAAUAUUAGUGCACGAAAAAAGUCGGUGCAAUUUUCACACAGAUCUAUAGCUGUUUUUGAUGAUAAGGAGAAAAUAUCUCCCUUACAUUUGACUCAGUUUACGAGAAUAUCUAGCGAUUCGAACAAAUCAGAAAUGAAACGCAAAAGUGUAUCAUCUAAUGAUUCUAAUGGGAUCAAAGAAAACAAUGAUGCAUUUCAUGAAAAUUUUUUAAGGAACAUAGAUAAAUCACCAAUUGAUAAGCUUCUCUACAAGUAUGAUAAUCUUAACACUGUGGAGAGAAACACAACAAGUUAUGGAAUCAACUCUAUUAAUACAUCUAACGUCGGCAUGAGGAGAACAUCCUCUGAAUCUGUUAGAUUUAAAGCGAAGAUAUCUGUGGAUAAUAUUGAAUCAGCACGUCUAUCCCCAAUUAAGAAUAGACCCAAAACAAUGAAUGAGUGUAGUGACAAUGGAAAGGGUCUACAUGUUCGUAAUAAGGAGAGCAAUUGUGAAGAUGAUGAUGUUCUACACAGAUUGCUUACAACCGAUAUUGAAAACAUAAAAGAGGAUGAUUUUUUGAAUUUUAAUUUACUGAGCAACUCCCAUGACUUUAAGACUUAUGAGAAAGAAAUAGGGGAUGGUUCCAAAGAAGAAUCCAAGGAAGUGAAUGUCAAUACCGAUACAAAUGAAGAAAAAAGAUUAUUAUAUUUAGAGAAAGAAAAAACUGAACUCAAAGUGGAUCUGAUUAGUAAAGAGAAAAAUAUGGAUUGCAGCGAUGUGUUUUAUGAAUGUAAUGACAACCCCACUUCGAUAGAAAAGAAAGGAACAAUUGUGUCUAACAAUGAAUGUGCUAAAAACUUAUAUAAUAUAAAAGGUGAAAAUGAAAGAAACAGAACGGAUGAAGAAAGGAAAAAGAAAAACUUUUCAAAUGAAAGUAAAUCAAACCUGGGUGAAGCAUCCGUGCGAGAUGACAAGGGACUGUCUGAUGAAAAUUCGCUUCCAAAUGAAAAGGAUCUACCUAGUGAAAAUAUCAUAAUAUCAUAUAGAAAUUCUAAUUAUAGACAAAACGGAACAGAAAAAACAAUGAAUAAGGAGGAGGAAAAAAAUGAUUCUGAACAAGGCAAGGCAAAUAUGAAUACAAAUGCAUCUACUAGCAAUACAUCAAAGGGACAUAAUUUGGAAGGAGACACGUACGACACUAGUAAGAAAACGAAUGAAACGAGUCGUGAAGAUAUUUUUAAACAUUUCGAUCAAGGUAAAAAUGUUAUGCAGAGAAAAACCAUAAACAUUGGUGCCAAUACUUCUACUCAGCAGAAAAACAAUUCAAACUUAAAUGAGAACGAUUCUAAUGUUGCAAAAAAGGUAAACAGAAGGGCUAGUUACAGUGUUAAUGUGGAUGUCUCGAAGAAUUCAUCAUCACACGUUAGGUUUAGAGAUAGGAAGAGUUUAAAUGAGAAGGGAGAAUCAAAUGAAAAAAAUGUUUAUACAAGGAAUGGCGAAACUGUUGCCAAUAAAAAGGUGCCACAUUCAGAAUCAAACAACAUGAACAGUACAGACAUUUGCGAGAGUAGUAAAAUCAAUAGAGACAAUUUUGAAUCCAAGACGGGUGAGGAAAAUGAGGAGAAGGAGUUCCAAGUGAGGGAAGACAAUGGAGUGAACGAAACACACAUGCAUGGAAAGGACGACAGGGCCAUGAGACAUCAAGGCAGAUACACACAUAUUGGGCAGAGAACUAUGAGUAAGGGGUCUAGUGAAGACAUGCAUGAAUUUUGCAAUCAAGGGAAAGCAAACUCGGAUGAAGGAAAUUGUAAGAAGUAUGUGUGUGAUGAUGAUAGGUAUGCAUAUGGAGAAGCAAAUGUGGAGGAAGAGGCAGACUGGAGGGAAGAAGCAGAUUGGAGGGAAGAAGCAGAUUUGGAAAAUGAAGCCAAGUGUAAAGAGGACUCAGGCGAAUAUAAGGAAGACCAAUUAGAGGGAGAAAAUUUUUUUCGAAGCGAUGAAAUGGCAUAUUGCAAUGAAUAUAUGGACAUGAAAGAAGAAGAGGAAUACCAUUCUGAAGAAAUUGGUGAGGUGAUGGAUGAGGGAACAGUGGGAUUUGCAGGGAAUGAGAAGGAAGGGAAGAAUGUUUUUGAGGAGAGAAAACAUAUGGAAGAAAUAAAAGAAAGAAGAAAGGAAGAAAAUGAGAAAUUGCAAAGAAAGUUAAGUGAGAAUCUGUUAAAAAAACAAGAAAUGAUUAAAGAAAUGACAUUGAACAUAGUUCGAAGAUGCAGAAUUUAUGCAUUAAAAGAGAUAAAUAAUAAUAAAAAGAGUUUAAACAAUCUGAUGAAAUUGUAUGAAAAUAUUCGUAAUAUGAUAUUCAAAUUUAUAGGAAAAAUGAAUCAUCUUAAUAAUGUAAGUGUGAAAUUGGAUGAUGCAAUUUUAAAAUAUGAAAUUAUUCAGCUAAGAUAUAGUAAGACAAAGAAGGCAAUUGAGACAUUGAAAAAAUAUAAUCUGAAAAUUGAAAACAAAAUAAAUGAGAAAAAAAUUUUACUAUCAAAACAGGAGCUCGUUCUGAAUAAGAAAAAACAAAAAAUUGAAUUAAUUACAAAAGAGUUAAAUAAUUUAAAAAAUAUAUAUGACAAUGGAUCUACUAGAAAACAAGAAAUUCAUCUGAUAAAUGUUUACAAGAAGAAAAUGGAAGAAUUAAAAAGUAUUGAAAUUGUUAAAGGCUUUUUUAUUAAAAAUUUUAAUAAGUAUGGGAUCAAUUUUGAGUUGCUAAAUUUUAAUUAUUACAAUUUUGCCACGUUGUAUGAUUACAAUAAUGUCGAUUCACUUUUCACUCGUGAAACUGAUUCAAUGAAUUUUAUGGGGGCCAAUCUGAAUAGUAAGAAAAAUUGGAACGAACAUAACAAUUAUCAGGAAGAAGAGAAUAAAAAAGGAACCAUUUGUGAAAGAAAGGAAAAUGGAAAAGAAGAAAAGGAAAUGAUUCUCAUGAGCAUUGUAAAUGAUGGAAGAGCAGGAACCGAUUCCAUUGCCAAUGCCAUUGCCAACGUAAAUGCCAAUGCCAAUGUCAAUGCAGCAGGAUCGAUUGGAUUUUCUCGUGAUGAAUACUACCAAUCUAAAGGGAAUAAGGAAAAUAUAAACAUGUAUGAUAUAAACGAUUUAUAUGAAAAAGAUUGUAAACUGAAAAGUAAUCAUAGAAAAGUGAAAAGAAAUGCCACUAUAUUGAACAACCAAGUGUCGGAAGGUGAUUUGAUUUGUGCAUGGCCAUAUAACAUAACCAUAGACAUCAUAUUUUCACAUAUCUCAAACAGGGUUGCAAGAGAAGCAGAUAAUUUUAACAUGUCAUCCCCGUUGAAAAUAAAAAAUAUGAAACAUUUGAUUGCAAACAAAAUGCAUCUGUUGAAUGAAACAGGAGGUGUAGCUGGGGUUGCAGGAGUCGGAACCGGAGGUGGGUCGACAACAGAUGGGAAUAAGAAAUAUAUAAAACUGUUUAGACCAUACAAAAUUCAUAUUGAUUCGUUUCAAGAUUUUAAAGAAAUUAAACUGAGCACGUAUUACAAGUAUAUUAACAGCGAUGUUUUGUAUUAUCACAUUUGGAAUAAGCAUCAUGACAGAGAUAAAUAUUCCUUAAAGGUGAAUAAUAUUCAAUCCCAUGGAUGCCAAAACAAGAAAAGAAAAAAUAUUUACCUUUUAAAUAAAAAUAUUGAAAGUUAUUCCUACUACUGCAGUGAUAGCCAUGUAGGAAUAGAAUGGAAAUUGCAACUAGAAAUCGUCAAAUAUAAAUUGCUUGAAGUUAUUAAUAGAAGAUUGCAACGGUACACAAAUCGAGAGUGUAAUAGCUUAACAAAUGCAGGAGGAGGAAAUGUUGCAAAUAAUCCCCCUUGUCAUCUUAAUGGAAAUGAUGAAAAAUUUAAUUACAAAUCAGAAACAGUAAUGGUGAAACCGAGCAAGGAAGCCUUAAUGUAUCUUGUUGAAGAAGCUGAAUAUGCCAGUAUCAUUUUGAAUAACAUUCUACACCAAUACAAGCAUUUGUUAAAGUGUUUCAUGUGUCUCUCCAACACAUACUUUGAUUACUAUCAACACAUUGUUGUUUUUAAGACUAUUAUUUUAUCUCAUCAGACUAGUCCUCAUGCGUUCUGGCUUUUCCUCUUUAUUAACUUGGAGGAAGCGUUCACUUUUGCAUCCCUACUUCAUGGGAUAGUGCAAGUGAAGGUAGAAAGUGUGGAUGACGAUGACAAGUACAGUGACAAGUGCAAAGCCAUAAACAGUAACAUUGUGAAGACACUUCAACAGUGUAUCUUUGCACUUAAGUCGAGGCCAUUGAAAAUCACAGAAAGGAUAAAUUCAUACAACAUUGCAGAUGUAAUUUAUGCUGUCAUCAUGAAUGAAAAUUACAAUUUCCAUAGUUACCAAAACAACAUUGAAGAGAAUAUAAAAAAUUUGACAUCAUGUGACAUGUUCAUAAAUGAUGUAGUUAAUAAAAAUAUAAUUGUGCCUAUAGAGAUCAAGAAAUAG